UUCAACUAAUCGAUUCGAACAUGGUGACGAAGGCCGGAGAAGAAGCUCGCCGAUUCAAAAGAAAAGUUUGAAAUUCCAGGCGGGAGAUUCGCGAAUCAACAAAUAUCGAUCGUGAUGGAUGACCAUGGUGGAGCUUAUGAUUUGAGCCUUGAGGAACUGAUGGAUGAGUAUGCUUCUCGACCUCCACAAGUAGCUGAAUGGUUAUGGUGUAUCGAAUACGUAGCCAAGUUCGUUAAGGAUAUACGUUGCAUACUCGAUUUGAUGAACAUGGGGUAUCAAUACUCGGAUGAUUAUGGGAGGAGGAUUAAUGAAGUUUUGUCUCUUAGAGUCUUGGAGUUCAUGUUUGAUCCAAGCAAGAAUGAUUCUAGUGGUGUUGCUUCUGCUUCAGAGGACAGAGUUGAGUUCGAUUUGUCUUUGAGUAACGCUGAUGUUCUUAGAGCGAUUCUGAGAGAGAUUCCCGUAUCGGAACUGCGAGCAGGCAUGCCGGAGUUAUCAAAGUUCAACGUUCUUCCGUUUAUUGCUUACAAGAACAUGUGCUUGCCACAGUGUGCACUGGAGAAGCUGAGAGAUUUGAGUUUAAUGGAGAAUGAGACAAGUGCAGCUCCUGAGAUAGAAGCAAAUGAUCCUGUUUUUGGGGGUGAUGGACCAGUGCACAUGGAUGCAUGCGAGGAGGAGCCGAUAGAUGAGCAACAAGUGCAUAUUGGUUUGGAUACAGUAACUCUCACCGACGAUGAAGAUGAGGGAGUGCACACAAACGGAAAAGAUGAAGUCAUUGUGAUCGAUGAAGAUACAGAUAAUGAUCAAGACACAGACAGUGAACGCAUUAGCAACGAUUAUACUACUGGUAAGACAUUUCCUACAAGCUCAAGAAGAUGGCCAGAGGAUGCACGUGUAAAAUGUACAAAAGAUGGAACCUGGUUAGUCAGUGUGAGCGAUGAUGAUGAUGAGUCAGAUAUGGUCAGAGAUCCAGCACUAGACAAGAAGAAUACAAACAAUUACACAAACCUUCCUUCGAGCUCCUACACAAGACCCGAGAAUGUAUGCUGGAAAUGUGGAAAAGAAGGAACGUUGUUGAUAUGUAGCAGAAGCGAGUGUGCAUCAAAAGUUCACAAGGAAUGCUUGAAUUGUGCGGUUAACUUUGAUGAAGACGGGAACUUUCACUGUCCUGUGUGCUGGUAUGAUGGAGUCGUUGCAUAUUACUUAGAAUCUCAGAAGUUGAUGAGCUCUGCCAAGAGAAGACUGAUGAAGUUUAUGCCUCUGCUUUCAACAAGAAGCAAGAGACUCAGGUGACUGUAAUUAAAUUUAAAUCUCAUCUCGUCUUUGAGGGUAACUAAGGUGGUCAAUAUUAGAUCGUGGAAUUAUAGAUGGCAGUGAUUAAGUGUAUGUGUUUUUUGUGCAGAUCAAUCAAAGCGAUCUGAAACGCCCUUGUUCGUGGUGGAUUUUGGUUAGGAGACGAGUUCUGUUUAUAUAUGUGCUCUGGUGUAAAGAAUUAAAGAUAUCAGGGUAAUUAAUUAGAAGUGAAAGUUAAGGGUGUGAAUGGUUAUUAUUUAAAACUAGCGGGAAAAGGAGGAGUCUAACUAAUCUAACUUUGACUGAAGUUUUUCUUAUUUCAUCAGUAAAGAUAAAACACAUAAAUUGUUUGUUACAGAAAGCGAAGUCAUCGGAAACUUAAGCUAAUACUCGAGAACUUAAACUAAGGUUUAUGGUAAUGUUUUACACUGUAUGGUUGAUGGCCUACCAAUUUAAUUUUAUUGAACACUACAGUGUGUUAAGUGUUCAAUUCAAUUCAAUUUAAUCAAUUUGGAAGCUUAUGCGCAGUUUAACUAGUUGGUGUUCUUUUGCUAUCAUAAAAACAAAUAAAAAAAAUCUAAACCGGAUAAAUGAUAAAAACUCACUACUCCAAAUUUUUAGACCAAUUUGAUGUAAUUUCAUCUCUAACAAAACAUCACAUUUGACAUCAUUACAUCAAAUUUGGUGUAAUAUGAUUGUAACACUGUUCAUCACACCAAAUCUUUAAAAUAUAUAUUUUAUUAUGUUUUAUUUAAUAAUAUAGUUCAAUUGCUAUUAAAUUUUUAAUUAAAAAUAAUAUAUCAUGUUAUUUGUAUUUAAUUUAUUUUCACAUAAUUAAAAAAGUAAAUUUAUUAUAUUUAUUUUUAUUUUCAAAAUUAAUCACUAAAUGACUAUUAUUAUCUAUCAUUUACAAAUAAUGAAAUCUAAAUAAUAAUCUAAAUUUGAAAAAAUAAUUAUUUAUCAAUUAAAAAUAAUAAAAAUAUAUAAUUUUAAAAACUGAAAACAACAAAUAAUAUAUAAUAUUAUAUUUG